AUGGCCAUCUCGUUGACGCUUGUUCUGGCACUGGCUCUCAGCUGGGGAGCUGAUGCUACCGGAGGACAUCAUGGUAACACUGCGAUUUUGCGGCGAGAUUGCCCAGACUACACCUCAUACUCUGCGGCUAGGCAUCCUCCGUACAGCGACGGUCCUUUGAACCUCCCUUUCCAACGACCGGCCCAGGAAUGUCGCACCUUCACCUCGCCAGCCGUCGAACAGGCUAUUGAAAACGUUACCUCACGUAUAGUGGACAAGGAUCUGGCUCAGCUGUUUCGAAAUGCUUUCCCAAAUACCCUCGACACAACCAUCAGAUGGCACACGAACGGCAAUGGCUCAACAACAAACUCGUCCUCGUCAGCGAAGCGUAAGAGGGAGGAUUCACAGUGGCGAGGUCCCCAGACGUUCGUCGUGACCGGCGACAUUAAUGCAGAAUGGCUGCGUGAUUCUACGAACCAGUUGUCCGGCUACCAAGCUUUGGCUAAGCAAGACCCGAACUUGCACUCGCUCAUCUUGGGUGCCAUAAACACGCAGGCUGAGUUUGUCAUCCAGUCACCGUACUGCAAUGCUUUCCAACCACCUCCGCCUAGUGGUUUAAGUCCUGUUUCAAGCUCGCAAAAGGAUACUGUUCAUCCAGAAUACGAUCCUUCGGUGGUCUUUGAAUGCAAGUACGAGCUUGACUCUCUGGCUAGCUUCCUGGCGUUGGGCACGGAGUUCUACGAGAACACAGGAUCCACUGAAUUCCUGACAGACCGUUGGUACAAGGCCCUUGAUACGCUCUUGUCGGUUUUGGAUGUGCAGUCUCAGCCAACUUUCAACGAGCAGAACCAGUACGUUGCCAAUCAAUACACGUUCCAGCGUCAAACCAACGUAGGCACGGAAACCCUCAACCUGGAGGGAGUAGGAAACCCGUUAAACGGAGGCACUGGCUUGAUUCGAAGCGCCUUCCGGCCUAGUGAUGAUGCGACUAUCUUUGGUUUCUUCAUUCCUCCAAACGCAAUGAUGGCCGUUCAGCUGCAGAAGACUGCUACAGUGAUAGAGGCCGCAGGAGGGCAUGCAGAUACUGUCUCGGAGCUCCAGCAACGAGGGAAGAAGCUACAGCAAGCUGUAUGGGAUCAUGGUGUCGUGCAUCAUUCUGAGUAUGGCGAUGUCUUUGCGUUCGAAGUCGACGGGUACGGUUCUCAGCUUCUAAUGGAUGAUGCCAACAUUCCUUCGUUGCUUUCCCUUCCUCUUUUGAAUUUUGUCGACCAGAAUGACACCACCUAUAAGAAUACCCGAAAGAUGAUCUUAGAGAAGAACGGCAAUCCAUACUAUUUGAUUGGAUCCGCAUUCAAGGGCGUCGGUGGUCCUCACGUCGGUCUCGAAAACACCUGGCCCAUGUCCCUGCUCGUCCAAGCGAUGACUACGGACUCCGACUCGGAAAUCACAGAGUGCAUCAAUCUGGUCCGCAACGCGAGUCUUCUCGGGCUUGUGCACGAGUCUAUCAACGUGAAUGAUAUCAAAAAGUACACCAGGUCAUGGUUUGCAUGGGCCAACUCGGUAUUUGCGCAGGCAAUUCUCAAAGUCGCCGCAGAGAAGCCAUAUUUAAUCUUUGGGGAUGGGGCAGAGCCUUAUGUUCUCUGA